GUGAUUGCUAACCUGCUGCUCUGUUGUUCGUCAUUCACCGACAGAAGCGCGGCUACAAAUGGACGCUAGUCCACCCUAAAGGAUAAAACCACACGGAAGAUUCAUCUUUGUCACGUCGUGGAGCUCUACAAAUGUCCUGAACAUGGCGAAUGUUGCCCGAAAUACGGCUUUAAUUUCAUACCUGUGGACGGUUUUCGUGCUGUUCAGUCGCACGACAGGUCUUGGGGUCAAUGAGCUGCUGUAUUUCAGGAUCAUCAGUCCAGAGGAGAUCGGGUACAUUUUCAGUGCUGCACCUGCUAAAGACUUUGGAGGAGAUUUUACGUCAUCUUACGAUGAGAUUUUUCUUGUACCAGCAGACCCUGCAGACGGCUGCUCAGAAAUGAAAGACAAAGAAAUCCUUCAUGGACAAGUAGUCCUGGUGGAAAGAGGAGGUUGCUCCUUUGUACAAAAGGCCCGACACGUGGAGGAAGCCGGGGGAAAAGCUGUACUGAUUGCUGAUAAUGCAGAGGACAAUGACAGCCAGUACCUUGAUAUGGUCUCUGAUGGAAGCACUACCAAGCCGAGCAUACCUGCUCUGUUCCUGCUGGGACGCGAUGGGAUGAUGAUCAGACGAUCUCUGCAGAGACAGGCACUGCCCUGGGCCAUCAUUUCAAUUCCCGUCAAUGUUUCUGCCUUGGCCUCGUUCCCGCUCAAGCAGCCCCCAUGGACACUGUGGUAGAAAUCGCUCACCUACGACUUCAUCCACGUCUUCACACAGCAAACAAUCUUUCAUCAUCGUGUCAACCUAAAGCCACACAAGUAAAUUCAAACAAAUUCACAUGCUGCAGUGGAGAAUCAGUAAAAUUAUCAUAUGUAAACACGAUUAAACAGCCAAAGGUGUAUGGUGCAAACCUUUUUAACUAGGUGGAGGUAGACUGAAAAAUUUAUUGUCAACGCUCAGUUUAAGGUAGAAAAAAUUAGACACUGCUUUUCUGUGAGUGUAUCUUCCAGGAGAAAAGUCUCCAAGAACUUAUUUUUAGAUCAUCUGUUGAUUUUUCCUUGAAACGAUGAAGAAGUUGUUAUUCAUUAAUUUAACACACACAGAUGAAAAACAUUUGUGUUUGCCACUAUGUCAACGAAACUCAUUGUAACAAACGGGCCGUGACACUCCUGUUUUUUCUGCAUGAACUCGAACACAUUUGCACUCUAAUGAGAAAUUGACAUUUAUUUUCUUGUGGUAAAAAGAAUAGAAGAUGAAAUUAAUUUUUGCACAAACUGCUGUCAUUUAUUGCCUUUCUGAGUUAGACAUCUGUGCUACUUUUAAUAUGUGAAAUCUAUCUGCUGAUGCCUAUAAUAUGCUUGUGGUUUACAAUAUUCAGUGACAUUCAAUACAAUAUUCAAAAAUGUGUUUACAUCAGUUUAAAUAAACAAGACUGGGCAAAUGAUCACAAAAUAAGGACAGUAACAGGAAAGAAGUGUAAACAGUUGAGAUACAGCUUAAAUCCUUGUUUUCUUGCUAAAAACGCAUGGAGGGCCUUUCUGGUGAAGCUCCAUGCAGUACUGGCCACUAGAGGUAAUCCUGUGUUAUAUGCACUGUUCAACAAAAGACACUCACUGCUACAGUAUUGUCCCCAAGAACCACAAGUUUUACACAUUCCCUCUGAAUGCAGUUGCUUAUUUAAGGUUGAAAAGAUUGUAUCUGGUAACCAGAAGCUACAGUUCAGCAAUAAUAAUAAUAGCUAUUGCAGUAAUAAUAUUGGAUAAAAAAACAGAGUCCAGUGUCCCAAUAAGAAAUGUGUGUAUUUUCGGCCAUAAUGUCAGCACUGUAGGUGAGUGUAAAAUAUAUUAGUAGUGCAAGUGUAAGUAUAUUUACUGCCUUGCUGCAUUACAUUCACUGAACUACAAAGAAGUCAGAAAAUGUUUUUGUAGGGGGUCUCAAAAUUCAAACAUUCCAAACAGAGAGGUGGUGAUCAAGUAUUUGAUUUGUUUAUAAGUUAGACUAAAAUUAAAAUGUACCUCUUCAGUCAUGAUUCUAUCCAGAAGUUCAAUAUCCCACAUGGUUUAUUGUCAGCUAAAUGUUAGGCAACAAGUAAGAAAUUUACUAAAUGUCUAUUUUUGUGUGGGAAAGGCUGCCUGCAUUCAUCGAAGUCAGUUCUCUGCUUCUAUAGCCUUUUACAGCAACUCCCCUUUUAUCCCAAAUGAUAACAAACGUGUUUUUCAAACACAGUUUUCUGUUGUAUGUUUUUGUACAGUUUGGCUCAGUUAAUUACUAUUAUUAAUGUUAUCCCAAAUGGAUUGUUAAAAUUUAAUUUGCAUUGUAGUGCUGUGGAGAUGUGGAGGUUUAUAUUCUAAACUAGUUUCAGAGAGUGCUGAAUAAAGAUGUGGCAAAAUCUAUUCUAAAACUGAAGUUUAUUGUGAAUUAAGGAAGUGAGUUAGAAAAGAAAUUGGUGAUUGUGACAAUCAGUUUAUUGUGAAAUAAGCUCCAGAUAUUGCAGACUUUUUUACCCAAUGUGAUCAGUAGGGAGAUAUAAUCAUGUUGCACUUUUGGUGCUUGUUUUGGAAAUUACUUUGAGUUUUCACUAAGUUAAAAAAAAAAGGAUGUUGUCAGGAAAGUUAUAAAGCAGCUUAGUGCUGAUUCAUUGCAAAACGUUCUUUAUUACAUGUAUUCAAACUUGAAAUAAUUAGAUCAGUGUGUUCAGUUUCUGGUUUACAUACUAUAUUGAAAUUGUGUCACGUUUGAAAUUCCCCUGAACUGUUGUUUACGUUGUUUUUGAGCUUUUGAAGACUGUAAAAUGGGAUGGGAGGAUACAGUAACAGAGAGGCUGGAAACUGAAAAUGACAUCCAGUACAGUUUGUCUCUUGUAAUGUUUCAUUGUUUAAUGUAUUUAAAUGCAUUUCUCAGACUUAAUCCAAUAGAAUAAGUAAAUAAUGUUUUCAUUCAUGGCGGCACAUUCUAUUCAGAAUUUAGGUUUCAUGCCUGAUUACAGCCAUCAAAUGUGGAGCUGACUGUGGUCCUGAAGCAGUUUGAGCUGACCGUGGUCCUGAAGCAGUUUAAGCCACUCAGCAUGUUUAAUCUCCUUUUUUUUUUUUUUUUUUUUUUUUUUUUUACACUUGCACGGUGCAAUAUGACAAGUUUUUUUUUUUUUUUUUCAUAAACUGUGAAAAUGUGUCCAGGUGACAGAAAGCAUUGCACAUUGAAAGAAAAGCAGAGAAAAGAAGGUAAAGAUUGUUUGUGGCUUUUGUUUGCAAGUAAGGCUACACUGCACUUUUGUUUUUACUCAAAGUACAUUUUAAGAUGGCGGUUUAAAAGUUGUCUUGCUUUCAUUAAGUUUCAAACUUUGUAUUGAGGUUUAGCUUUUUUUAGUUUAGAUUGUUUGUUAGUUGUAUUUAGAUGUUAUUAGGUUUUCAUUCCUUUUUAACGUCCAAAAAUAGAGAAAGCUUACAUAUUGUAAGAGGUGACAGAACCAUUUCAGUUGUUGCCCAACAACUGUGCUUUGCUUUGAUGACAGUCUGCAAGUUUAAAAAUCAGUCGUAGUCAGAACAAACUCCAAACCAUUCCAGCAUAAUACAGGAAGCACAGAAAACAAACAAAAAAGGGUAAACAAACUUUGCAAAUGCUUCCCUUGUCCUCACACAAACUGAUUAAAAAUUGGCUGCGGUUCAGCACUACACACUACGACAGCACGACCUUAAACUCAAUGUAAACUUAGAUAAUUAAUCACAUUUUUUUUUCCCCAUUUCUAAUACUCAUCAACCCAAUAAGCCACGAUACUAUCCUGGACAGAUAUCCCCUCGCCAGAUAAACAUUCUGCAUUCAGAUGUUGUGCCAAAAGUUGAUGUGCUACUGGUUAAAGCUUCGUCACCCAGUUUGUACAUUUACAGCUGCUUUUAUCUACAUCAAACAGUCAUAAUGUGCAAAAAGUUAUACAAAUCUUUUUGAUAGUAAAAGUUCAUCUUUGUGGAACUUUUCUAUUUCUUGUAAACAAAUAAUUGUCAGAAAUCCAAGAAGUUUAUAGUGUAAAUAAUCACGAUAGUUACAAUUACAGGCCACAUUAAAAGAUAAUAGAGUGUAAAUAACCUGAUUUGUGGAUGGGUUAUAUAUAUAUAUAUUGAUAUAAAGUGAAAAAUUAGCUUUUUUCCCCCUAACUAUCCUAUUCUUUAAAUUAUAGUUGUCAUGAAUUUAAGGAAGUCAUUUUGAUGCAAUAAUCAUAUUUCAACAAUGUAGUGGCUGCCAUAACUUUUAGACAAGUGGAAACCUGCAUUAUAUGAGCUUAACUGAUGCUUUGAAGCAUUUCGACCUGUAAAAACAACUGGAUUAGUUAACAUUAGGGGCACAGAGCAGGUAGAAUAAAGCAGAGACAAGAGGAUGAUCAAUUUUUGUCAUUUUUUUGUAACUACACUUGUGAGACAACAUUACUUCACAUAAGCUAUUUAAAGUAAACAGAUUUUGUCACUAUUAUUUAUGUGUUUAAUGAAUUUGUUGUUUUUCUUUUUGAGAAAUUCUAGCUGUUGUGAAUAUACAUUACUUUUAGGACUAUCAAGACAUUGUUACUGAUUCAUCACCUAGAGCUAGAUGGAAACUUAGUACAAAUUUUUAAAUUCGGUGAUGCAAGCAGCUUAGAAAACGAAAACCUCACUGGCUGUAUAUUAAAUAGGCUGGAGAUAAAGAGAUGACAAACCCACGGAUGUCAGAAUAAAGUGCUGAGUGGA